AAUAGAUUGAAGAUAACAGAGAGAACAAAUUUAAGUAAACUUUUACCCUUAAAAUAAAUAAAGAGCAUAUUUCUAAAACAUCUCGUAUAUCUCUUUAUAUAAUGUAAAUAAAACAUAUAGAAACACAAGAGAGAGAGAGAGAGAGAGAGAGACAGAAGACAUAUUUGAUUUAUUAGGGUUUUCUUUUUCAUCAUCUAAAUAAUGAGCGGGAGGGGUUCAAGUUCAAUGAAUCUUAACGUCCCUAAGGAAGAUAAUGAUCCGAAAAAAUCGCCAUCGGAAGUGGGUCGACGAAAGGAUCCACAACAGAAGGGUUCUGAUAAAAAUGACUCAAAUGGCAGCAGGAGGAGGAGCAGCAGCAGCUCUCACCAAAAAUCAUCAGUGGCGGCCACGGGCUCCCCUAAUCAGCCAGUAGCAAGGGGUACAACAACAACACCAAGAGCAAGAAACCAAUCUGAAAGUAGUAGUGGACCAUCAGUUGCAAAUAUUCAUCAUCAUUCCAGCCCCGGUAGUUAUUUUGUAAAAGAUGAAGAAAAUCGCAAUGACCAUCGCGCAUCAUCAACUGCCAAACAGUUGCGCAAUCACGAGUCUUCCAAUUUUAUGGAGAGUACUAACAGUACUAAUUGCGAAAUCCUAAGUAAUAUUCGUAUGAGUGCCAGAGAUGAUAAAAUUGAGCAACUAGAUUUGAAGAAGAAAUCUGCUGAACCAAACAGUGGACAAUCUGCUAUUCGCACGACCGCGGGGCAGAAGAAUGAUUAUUUAAAACAAGGUUCUGUGCAAAAGGAGACUCCCGGCGGUGACCUAAUUCACUGUGACAAUGAUAUACAGGAGAUGCAGAAAAUGGAUCUUUCCAUGGAAGAGAAGCCAAAUGAUAAGAAUAAAAGCAAGAAAUAACUCGAUCGUGAUGGACAUAAUAAUCUCUGUAAAAAAAAAAAAGAUAAUGUUAUAUCCUUAAUUAAUUAAAGAUCCUGUUUAUAAGAGGGCGGAUCAUAUGUGAAGACAAGUUCACCUCAAGCUUUUUGUUUCAAAUAAUUAAUUACUGUAAAUUUUCAGUAUGGAUACUUUAUUUAUAGCUUAAUUAGUGACUAAAGAUCCCGUUUAAUUAUUAUUAGCAUUUUCUUUAAUUGUACUUAUGUUUUAUCCA